AAGCCUCACCCAAAACGAACUUCACCUCACCUCGCCUUCGCCCCAAGCUACGAGCACCCCUCCCACCACCAUCAAGUAUACACAACGGCAUCUAUCAUAAGCUUCAAAAUCCAUGGAUGACUUCAACUCGAUCCAUUGGCGAAGUGCCUCCGAUGACGAAGAAGAGCCCUCCUUCCGCCCGACCACAUCUGACUUCCCCAACGGAGAGGAACCUCAGGCGGGCCAUAGCGCGGACAAAAUAGACAUGACAGGGAUGGGCAACGGAACCCUGGAAACUAAAGUUUCAGAUCCACAAACAGAGAAUGAAGGGACGAAGGAUGCGUUUGUUUCGUACUUGGUCACUACGAAGGUAAAGUGGCAACUCUUUGAGCUCUCGUUGCUGGGCAAUGGCUGAGGAAUGAACCCCCGAUACUUGCAGACAGACUUCCCAUCCUUUCAGAAGCCGCUGGUGGCAGUGCGAAGGAGGUUUACGGAUUUCGUGUUUAUCUGGACCAUGUUAACGAGGGAGUUUCCUGCUUGUGCGGUUCCGCCAUUGCCGGGAAAGCAUAAGAUGGGUGAUUAUCUCAUAUAGGACCUGCAGAUCCUACGAGCCUGAACUAAACAAGCUAUAUAGAAUAUGUACGAGGGGAUCGUUUCGGCCCGGACUUCACCAAUCGUCGCGCCAACUCUCUCAACCGUUUCCUCAACAGACUAACCCUUCACCCCGGCCUCCGCCGAACCAGCCUCCUAAUGGUGUUUCUCGAAUCCCCCGACUGGAACGCCCACAUGCGCUUCAGACCCACCCGGGGAGUGCCCAGCAGCCAAGGUGAAACCGGCGGGGUAUUUGAGGGCCUAACGGACACUUUUCUUAACGCCUUCAGCAAGGUCCACAAACCCGACAGACGUUUCAUAGAAGUCCGUGACCGAGCAGACAAGCUUGACGAUGACCUUAUGCACGUGGCAGCUAUAAUCACAAAGGUAGUCCGACGAGAAGCGGACCUCGAGGCAGACUACUCGGACCUCUCCAAAGAAUUUCUUAAACUCCUGGAUUUAGAGCCAGAGCUCAUCGGGCCGGUAAAUUACUUCGCCGCCGGCGUCCGAACCACCAGCAGCGGCCUCCGGAAGCUAAAAGAGCACACAGACCAAGAUUACCUCGGCAGCCUCAGGGACCUACAGAGCUAUAUCGGCGCCCUAAAAGCCCUCUUGAAAGCCCGUGAGCAGAAGCAACUCGACUUCGAGGCGCUAACAGACUACCUCAACCGCGCCGCCACAGAGCGGGACCAAAUUGCCUCCGCGCCCGCAGGUACAACGGGUCUUGGGGGCCCUACCGGCUUCCUACGCAGCAAGAUUGAGGACGUGCGCGGCGUCGACCAUGAACAAUCUCGCCGCGACCGCGUCCGAAAGCUAGAGCUACGAAUCGAGGAGCUCACACGCGAGUCGGAGAACGCGAGAAAGGUCACGGAGGCCUUUGAUGAGGAGGUCAUCCGCGAAGUCAAUGACUUUGAGCGUAUCAAGAGCUGCGAGAUGAAGGAUACCCUGGGCAGCCUCGCCGCCGCCAAUGUGGAGUUUUAUAAGGGCAUGGUUGAGACCUGGGAGAAGAUGCUGAUGGAGGUGGAAGAUGGGGUGCGAGAGCGAUAGGUAGGUGGAUGGAUGGAGGAUUGGUGGUAACUUAAUGAAAGUAUGGAUGGGAGUAAUUGAGGGAAAUGGGGGGGGCGUAGUUCUUUUUCUCUUCACGGACUUGUCAUAGCUUUGAAUUGUCCCAGCCUUGGCUAAGGGACGGGUGGAAUGAACAACAGAGGAAAGAUCUGGGCCUUUCUUUCUCUUGUAUGAUCGCUCGUGGGUGGAUGGAUGGAUGAUUGGGGUGAAUUACUUACUGUACUAUCUCACUGCAGGACUUUACAACGAACUUAGUAUUCCCAUGACACGAUGCGCUCCGGACCUAUUUUUUUCCCUCAAUGUAAACUAGGCUAGCGAGUUAAUUGUUUGUAAUAAUACAUCUAUUGAACCCGGCAAUCCCACU